AUGCAGAAGGGAAAGAAGGCCAAGGGGAAGAAGGUGGUCCUGGCACCCGCCAUGGUCAAGAAGCGGGAGGCCAAGAAGGUGCUGAACAUCCCACCCGCCAUUAACCAGUUUGCCCAGGCCGUGGACCGCCAGACGGCUACUCAGCUGCUGAAGCUGCCCCACAAGUACCGACCAGAGACCAGGAAGGAGAAGAAGCAGAGGCUGUUUUCUGGAUUUUGUGGUCUUGAGCUUUUUGUUCGCGCCCAGGAGCUGCACACCCUCGAGGUGACAGGCCAGGAGACCGUCUCGCAGAUCAAGGUUCAUGUAGCGUCGCUGGUGGGCAUUGCCCCUGAAGAUCAGGUUGUGCUCCUGGGAGGCACUCCGCUGGAAGAUGAGGCUAUCCUGGUCCAGUGUGGGGUAGAGCCCCUGACCACUCUGGAAGUAGCUGGCCACAUGCUUGGAGGUAAAGUCCAUGGUUCCUUGGCUUGUGCUGGGAAAGUGAGAGAUCAGACUCCCCAGGUGGCUAAACAGGAGAAGAAGAAGACUGGCCUUGCUAAGCGGCAUAUGCAGUACAACCGACGUUUUGUCAAUGUUGUGCCUACUUUUGACAAGAAGAAGGGACCCAACGCCAACUCUUAA